CCACCCCCCCCCCACCACCACUACCGCCCCCCCACUACCCUGGGAAGGUCCUCGGGCUGAGCCGACGCUGCUCGGCGUGGGGGCAGAGCGAGGCGCCUGCUGCUGCUCAUUCCUCCUCCUGGGACUGCCUCUACUUACAAACGAGUUGUGUUCCAGGUGGUCUGUCUGGUCAUGUAGAUGCCACUGGUUCUUCACGUUCUGCAUCACGGUCAGCGACGAGGGCAUGUCCGAGGCUCCGUCGUCCGAGGAGGGGCAGUCGCCCGUCGGGCGAGACGCUGGAGGGGACCCCGGCCGUGAGACGCCGCCCCUUGGAGGAGACGCGCAGCGCGAGGAUGUUCAUGCCGCCGCCGAUGAGAUGGCAGCCUCUUUGCCGGUGCAGCCACGCGACGGGAAAGCUGAUCAGGAAAAGCCGAGGAAUGAGACGUGGCCACGGGUGAAAGUGAAGAGUGAAGACACCGAGGAUAGUCAGGAAGAAUCCGACAUUCGUUUGAAAGGAGAAGACUCUGAGUCCGAAGGAGAGGACCUUAGCGGUGAGGAUCUUCAAUCCGAUGAGCGAGACCUUCAUUCCGACGAGGGGGAUGCUGACGACCGCGAUGACGAGGAAGCCUUCGAGGCCAGCGGUUCCAAAGGGAGGCUUCGGAGAGGGUCACGGAGCUCACGUAGAGACGGGGCGCUUUCGUCGGACGUGGCCGAGAUUGAGGUGGUCCUGGAGGACAGCCGGAGUCGGAAGUGUUCGACGAUCGACCAGAAGGCCCGCGAUGAGAAGAAGUCCCACCGGUGCUCCCUGUGCGGCAAGGGAUUCUCCUGCCCGUCGCGCCUCAAGAGCCACGCGAUGACGCACACCGGGGAGCGGCCCCUGGAGUGCUCCGUGUGCGGGAAGGGUUUCCGAAAGUCGUCGGCCCUCAAGAGCCACGCGAUGAUCCACACGGGGGAGAAGCCGUACCGGUGCUCGCUUUGCGAAAAGGGAUUCAUCCAGUCGUUCGCCCUCAAGAGGCACAUGAUGAAGCACACGGACGAGAAGCCGUACAUGUGCUCGGUGUGCGGGAAGACCUUCACGGACUCGUCGACGCUCAAGGGCCACCUCCUGAUCCACACGGGCGAGAGGCCGCACGAGUGCCCGACGUGCGGCAAGACCUUCGCGCACCUCUCCAACCUCAGGAGCCACGUCAAGAUCCACACGGGCGAGAAGCCGCACCGGUGCCCCGCGUGCGGCAAGGGCUUCAUCGAGUCGAAGUCUCUCAAGAAUCACAUGAUGAGCCACACGGGAGAGAAGCCGCACAAGUGCUCCGUGUGCGGGAAGGACUUCAAGCAGGUAUCCACGCUCAACGUCCACAUGAAGACGCACACGGGCGAGAAGCCGCACAAGUGCGACCUGUGCGCGAAGACCUUCACGCAUUUUUCGACCCUCAAGAGCCACCUGAUGACCCACUCGGACAGGAAGUCGCACAGGUGCGCCCUGUGCGAGAAGGAGUUCGUACACCUGUCGGCGCUGAAGAUCCACAUGAUGACCCACACGGGCGAGAAGCCGCACCAGUGCCCGAUCUGCGAGAAGGGCUUCGUGAGCCCGUCGGCCCGCGACAAGCACACGAAGACGCACAACGUGCAGAAGCCGUACAAGUGCUUCGUGUGCGGGAGGAACUUUGCGGACCUUUCGAACCUCAACUUUCACAUCAAGUGUCUUAAUCACUACGAGUCUUGAAGCCGAGCGUGGGCCGUUUAACGUUCAGAGGCGUCGCUUUAAACUCUUUGGCUUGACAGCCACUGGAGUCUUGGCUGUUGCUGACAUUGGGAAGCUGCAGAAGCACGUUUUUGGUUGAAUUAAUCCAUAAUCAGGUUUAAUCGUGUUCCCAUGCACAUUCUUACCACCUAUUCAUCCCACUCCGGUGUUUAUUUAUCAAGUAUACCUUUGCGUCAUCUGGGAAACCUGCUUGCAUCAAUGGAAUCCCAUCAUAGAGGUUUUGGGGUUGGAGCGCGUUAAUGUAAAAGUGUCGUUAAGCCCGCCGCCACCCGACACAAACAAAUUAAGUGAAGGGGUUUGUCACGUAAACGGAACGUGGUGCCAGUUAGUCACUAGUUCAGCACUCACCGGUUGCUGUGUGUUGGAGAGUAAACCCACCGCAUCGUUUACAAUUCGAGUAGCCGUGAUGUUUCUCCAGUAGUUACAACAACAACCGGCAUCGUCUGGCGACAGCCACAGAGUUGCAGAGAAAAUCCUCCCCCUGCUUCGGUCUUAAAUAGAGGGAUGCAUGUGAUGUCAUCACUUGUUAGCCAAUCAGGUGCAAAGGCUAGAGGUGGGGUGGGUGGGGGGAGAAGGGGUUAACCCCUUACCUAAUUGGCUGUGUCAGGUGGUGGCAGGUUUAACGACACAUUUACGCGAUCUAAACCCAAAAACCUCCGUCAUGGAUAACGUUGAUCGCAAAAGCCUCCUGCCGCUACGUGUUAAAUGGAAUCCCAGUUCCACUUUGAAGAGGCCGAAUUCCACCGCGCAGGUCUGGUCCCUCACUUGACAGCGGUAGAUGCUUUCCAAAAAAAAAAUUCCAACACGGUGCGCGAAAGCGAAAUCGCGGUGAUGUGGAGCGGGCGGGCACACGGUAGCCCAACCAACAACGCACCGCGGAAUGGCCAAGACUCAGGAACUUUUAGAUCAGCAGGGAAGGAGGAACCGUCAAGUGCAUUGUGGUUGAAUUGUUGCGUACGCUUGCGCGUGUGUGUGUGUGAGGAGCGGUAGUGUAGCGGUAGUGUAGCGGUUCAUAGCGCUACGCUGCGCUAUGAACCUGGCGACCCGGGUUCGAUUCCCGCUCACGACCAACACC